UUAUACACUGGAAAUUACUAUAAUGCCCUUAACUAAUAUGAAUAUUACCAAUUCAAUUUCAUUUCCUCUUCCCCUUUCUCUUUCAUCUGAUGCGCGUUCUCCCAGCCAAAGCAAAACCACCGAACAACAUCCACCACCACACCACUGCCGGCGAGCCGCGACCACUCUUCUCCUUCUCCAUCCAUCACCGCCGCACCCCCCUCAAUCUUCUGUAUUGAUUCUUUAGUUUAGAGAGCUAUCUCCAUCCAUCUCUCUCCACAAACCCUAAUUGUUGUAACUUGUAAGGAAUUUCAAAAGUGUGUAAUUGGCACAUCGAAUUGGUAUCUCUCUCUCAAGUUCCAAAUCCAACCAGAAGAUGUAGAAAGGGCAUUCGACUUCAAGUUUUUUUUUUCUUCUGCCAUAACUACUUGACUCGAGAACUUUGUUUAGGGAGAAAUUUGAGAUUCUCUUGAACCUUAGUAAAGAGGUCCAUUCGGUGAUACGAAAUCAUGGGUAGGUUAUGAUAUAUGCAACUAUGAAGGAUUCUACUGUGAAAACCCACCAGGUAACAAAUCCGUUAUUGCUUUAGCCUCAAUUGAUUUCAAUAGUUUCCAAAACAAGCACACGUACAUUACACACAACAAAAACCAAAACAAGUUCAACAUGAAACCUGCAACAUCAACACUAGAAUUAGCAAAAAGAAUAAGCAGAACAAUAAUCACAACCUCAAAAAACAACAACACAAAAACCAAACAUAAACAUCAUCAUUAUUCAUGGAACUCACAAAUCGAACAAAACAUUCACAACAACCUCAAACACAAUCUAACACCAUCACUUGUUUCUUCAAUCAUUGACCCUUUUCUCCUUAAUCACCAUUCUCUUGCCUUAGGUUUUUUCAAUUGGGUUUCUCAACAACCCAAUUUCACUCACAAUGCUUCCACUUUUCAUUCCAUUCUCAAAUCACUCUCCUUAACACAAAACCAUUCACACUCACACUCUCUUAUUCAACUUGUUAAAAAAGCUCAAUUUUUGAAUAUUCAAAUACACCCUUCUGUUUUUUGUGCUGUUAUAACAAGCCACAUUGCACGAAAUAACUUAAAUCAAGCAUUUUUAAUCUUCAACGAUGUCGUUGAAUUGAUUGCUCAAAUGGGUGCCCCUAUAUGUAAUUCUUUACUAGCUGCACUUGCUGGUUGUAAUAUUGAUAAUGCACGUAAGGUGUUUGAUGAAAUGAUUGUUAGGGGUGUACGUUUUAGUACGUUGGGUUUUGGUGUUUUUGUUUGGUGGGUUUGUAAGGAGGGUGAUAUGGGGAAAGUGUUGGGUUUAGUGGAUGAGGUUGGCGAAUGUGGUUUUGAGAUUAAUGGUUCAGUUGUGGCGGUUUUGAUUGUUCACGGUUUGUGUGAGGUUGGGAAGGUGGAUGAGGCAAUGGUGAUGUUGGGUGAGUUGAGGGAGAGAGGGUGGAAGCCUGAUUUUAUGGCGUAUUGGGUUGUUGCUAAUGAGUUUAGGAAGAUGGGGAAUGUGGUUGUUGAGAUUAAGGUUUUGAAGAUGAAGAGGAAAUUAGGUGUGGCUCCUAGAAGUGGGGAUUAUAAAGGGUUUAUAUUUGAAUUGGUCUCGGAGAAGCGAAUUUUGGAAGCGAAGAUGACUGGGGAGGUUAUUGUUGGUGGUAAUUUUGUUGUUGAGGAUGAUGUUUUUAAUGUGUUGAUUGAAUCUGUUUCGGACAUUGAUCCUGUUGGGGCGAUCGUGUUUUUUAAUUAUGUUGUUGAGAAAGAGAGGUUUUUGAGUGUUUCGAGUUUGAAUAGCUUGAGUAGGAAUUUGUGUAGGGUGGGUAAGGUGGAUGAAUUGUUGGAGGUGUUUCGUGUUUUGGAUUGUCGAAAUUACUUCAAGGAUGUCGAGGGUUACAAUGUGAUGGUGUCGUGGUUGUGCGAAGCUGGGAGAGUGAAAGAAGGCUAUGCUGUUCUUCAGGAGAUGAAGAAGAAAGGGUUGAAUCCUGAUGUCUCGUCUUAUAAUUAUGUGAUGGAAGCGUGUUGUAAGGAGGAUUUACUGCGCCCUGCGAGGAAGCUCUGGGAUGAGAUGUUUGCGAGUGGAUGUUGUGGGAACUUGAAAACAUAUAAUGUUUUGAUUCACAAGUUUUUGGAGGAGGGGCUAAUUGAAGAGGCUCGGACGUUGUUUAAUCGCAUGGUGGACAAGGGAGUUGAACCUGAUAGUGCGAGUUACACUUUUCUCUUACAAGGGUUCUGCCGAGAAGAUAAACUUGAAGAAGCUUUUGAGCUCUAUAGCAGGUCUGUCAGACAGGAUAUCACCAUUGCAAGAGACAUUUUGGGCUCAUUUAUAUUGUCACUCUGCAAGAAAGGACAUAUGACAGCUGCUUCCAAAUUACUCUGCAGUCUCAGUCAUGAUAUAGGACGCCCAGAAUCGCACGUGGCUUUGUUGAAAUGUUUGGCAGAUGCAAGAGAGAUUCAAACUGCUAUUGAGCAUUUGAGGUGGGUUCGGCACAAGUCACCUUCAAUGCUACCAGAUAUAUGUACCGGACUUUUAGCUUCCAUUUCUGUUGCUAAAUGCCCGGAGCCGAUAUUGCAGUUUCUUCAAAGAAUGCAAGGUUGACAAUGCAAAAAAAAUGGGAUUCUUCCGGAUACUGUCCAAGUUAUUCCAGAUAACAAAGGCCUACAUCUCCUCUGAUGGAUGGAUGGUAACUUGCUUUCUUCACUAGUGACAGGCUAAAGGAAGACAUGAAACAAUCCCAGCCUGGGGUUGAAAGCUACUGAAGAGCGCAUCAUAAUUGAAUUUUCCAACCAACACACAUAGACCUGGUUUACCUUAUGAAAUCUUUGCAUUUCUUACUAAACUUCACUGUAAUGUCGUGGCUGCUGAGUUGUUGUCACGUAAUGCUAAGGAGGAAACUGUAGUUCAUGUGACAAAUGAUUUCAGUGAUGAAGUGGUUGUUGCAUCAAUCAGAAUGGUUGGAUUGAGACACAUUGGUUGGACUUCUGUAAAGAUAUGAUGUUGAUGUAUUUAGGAAGGAAUGCCACCAUGAUCUUAAUUGUGGCCUUUUUUUACAAAUACUUCGACAAAUGAUCUCUUUUUAGAUGAAGAUUUUGCAUAUUGUUGUAUUUUGAUGUAAACUUAUUUGAGAUUUUGAGUAUUGUUGGUUUAGUGGUAUGGUCAUGUUUAUUUUAAUGUAGACUUAGAGUAUACUCACUGAACUUUUAUUGAUAUGGACCUGUUUAGAAAUAAUAUUAUUAGUUAGUAUGGA